AUGUUCUUUGAAAAUCGUCGUUUAUUACUUCUUAUAAUCCCAAUAUGCAUUGCUAUUGCAAUAUAUUCAAUACCAUUUGAUGGUAAACAAAUCAUAUCUCUUGAUGCUCCUUUAACUACUACUUUUGAUGUUCUUGUUAAUCAUGUAUGGAAAUUGCAUCCUUUUAUUAUUCAUAUAAAAGAAUUGAAAAAAAUUAACUCUACUUGUUCAUAUUAUGAAAUAACAUAUCGUUUUCCAUUUAUUCCAUCAUUUAGAAUAAAUAUUCCAUCAACAUAUUAUGUACAAAUGAAUAUUGAUCGAGAAAAUAAUUGUUUAACAAGUAUUGUUGAUACACAAUUGAAUAUAAUGCAUGCACAUCAUCAAUAUUGUAUGCAUAGAAAUACAUUAAAACCAACAACAACAAUAAUAACAGAUCAAUUUCAUGGUAAAUCAUGGAUGAUUUUUAAAUAUUAUAUACGAAAAACUAUGUUGUUAUCACAUAAACUCACUCUGGAUAAAUUACGAAAAGAAAUGAUGAUUUAUUCAACGGAAUAG